UCAAUCGGCGGACGUGUUACGCGUGUGCUAACAACAUUGUCCGGUUGGAAUUUAAUUAUUUACAUUGUUCGUUGUUGACAUUUUUCGUAAUCGAACGGUGUCAGAUUUCGACGGGUGUCGGUUCUUUCCAGUGAACUCGUCUAUGCCGCAUUCGAUACGUGGAUUAUAACCAAAACUGGCGGAGAGUGAAAUAAUCGAAUGAUCCGAAAAUCUAUUAGAAAUGGAGAGAUGACUUGACGAAAAUUUUUCGCUCUGCCCGAAAGUCCCCGCUGCCGUUCGCCAUAUAAAAGUUUGUGCAAUUGUUAGUUAACCUUUUAGUGAUUUUUCCUGUGCUUCAGUGUUUACGCGUAAUUAUAAUCCAAUUAAAAAAAAAAGAUAGUCAUAAUUUUUAAGUGAUAACCGAUUAGACUUAGAACCUCUAGUGCAUUGUGAUCUUCGUCCGAAGAUUUUAUUAAGGUUGUUGAUCCGUACUCCAGUUCUCGGUCACUAGUGUUGUGAAACGAAGACUAUUUAAGUAACGUAAAUUGUGAUAGCGGCACACGUCACUGCUACCCGGUUUGCAAUGCGGGGCGACCCGCCGCGUCGAUAACUCAACCCCCUCCAUCACCCAUCCACCUUAUGACCGCCGUGCACCGCGUUGCUGCCGGAUGUACCACCAACUCCCCCGGCAUGGAUGUCAAGCACGAUAUGGUCUAUCAUACCGACGAUGACGUGCUAUUGGUUAAGUCUGAACCUCAGAUGCAUUCGCCGUCGUCCACCGCCAUCCUCCAAAAUGGUUUGGUCACCGUCGUCACUACCGUUGGUCCGACGAUGCUCCAACAGCAACACCAACCACCGUCCAACGGUGGACUCGGUUUAACCGUCACCGCAGCGAAUGCACCGUUUAGUGUGCUCGGGGGCGGUUCGGUAUCGCCAGCCGCCACCAAGCCGCGUCGGCCCGUUGCCUCCGCGGCACCCGACGAUUGGCUUAGUUCGCCCAGCCCCAGCGCGGGGGCUCCCUCGCUCACCCCCUCCCCCGGACCCCCGAAUCACGCGUUCACGGUGAUAAGUAACGGGUAUUCGUCACCAUUAUCAUCCGGGAGCUACGAUCCCUAUAGUCCGAACGGAAAAAUAGGACGAGAGGAUCUGUCACCUCCGAGUAGUUUGAACGGUUACAGCGCGGACAGUUGCGAUGCAAAAAAGAAAAAGGGCCCCACUCCGCGGCAACAGGAAGAACUGUGUCUCGUUUGCGGAGAUAGAGCGUCGGGGUACCAUUACAAUGCUCUUACGUGCGAGGGUUGUAAAGGGUUUUUUCGACGAAGCAUUACGAAAAACGCGGUAUACCAGUGUAAAUACGGGAACAAUUGCGAGAUCGAUAUGUACAUGAGGCGGAAAUGUCAAGAGUGUCGCCUGAAGAAGUGCCUCAGCGUCGGCAUGAGGCCCGAAUGUGUCGUCCCCGAGGUGCAGUGUGCGGUGAAGAGGAGUGAGAAAAACAAAAAGAAGGAGAAAGACAAACCGAACAGUACGACGAACGGAUCGCCGGAGAUCAUCAAGCUAGAACCGGAUUUAUCGGACAGUGAAAAGUCGAAUGGGGUGAAGCCGAUAUCUCCUGAACAAGAAGAGCUCAUACAUCGAUUGGUUUACUUUCAAAAUGAAUACGAACAUCCGUCGGAAGAGGACGUCAAACUCAUAUUGAACCAACCCAUGGACGACGAAGAUCAGUGUGAAAUUAGGUUUAGGCACAUAACCGAGAUAACCAUAUUAACGGUUCAGCUGAUAGUUGAAUUCGCCAAACGGUUACCGGGGUUCGAUAAGCUAAUCAGGGAGGAUCAAAUAUCCCUUUUGAAGGCUUGUUCGAGCGAGGUGAUGAUGUUCAGGAUGGCGAGAAGGUACGAUUCUCAAUCGGAUUCCAUUUUGUUCGUCAACAACCAACCGUAUUCGAGGGACAGCUAUAACCUCGCGGGCAUGGGCGACACCAUCGAAGAUCUCUUGCAUUUUUGCAGAACCAUGUACUCAAUGAAGGUCGACAAUGCCGAAUAUGCCUUACUCACCGCCAUUGUCAUUUUCUCGGAACGACCUUUGCUGAAGGAGGGUUGGAAAGUGGAAAAAAUUCAAGAAAUCUACCUGGAAGCGUUGAAAGCCUACGUGGACAACAGGAGGAAACCGCGACCCCACGUGGCGUUCGCCAGGUUAGUGUCGGUGCUGACCGAGCUGAGGACCCUCGGCAACCAAAACUCGGAGAUGUGCCUGACGCUAAAACUUAAAAACAAAAAGUUGCCCCCGUUCCUUGCGGAAAUCUGGGACGUGGACAUAAGGACAUAGUAGAGGAAACGAUAAAAAAAAACCGGAUAACCCGGCAUGGGUGGUGGCGUGAAUAUUCCGACGUUUGUCUGGUGAGAUUUCAGAGGAGGCAAACGGGAGGGGUGGUACUCGCAAACCGAGGACGGUGAUUGGUCAGGCACCACCGACAGUUGGCUGUGAAAUAAUGUUAAAUUUAACCUUUCUUUUUAACUGACUAUUAUACAGUUGGACGGCAACUAGGAAAUGUUAUUAUAUUGAAUAUAGUUUUAUUUAGAAUGAUUUUAGCUCGUCUCGUACUAAGAUUUAAUUAGUAAGUAGAUUUUAUAAGCCUGUGUAUAAAAUGAAAGAAAAAGAAACUCUGAAACACUUUUGUAACAAACUUUUUCUUGGCGAAAUGUUUACACACUUAAAAUGGUAAGACUGGGAUUGGACUGAAAAUAUAUACAAGGUGCCUUCAUGAACACAAGGAUCCAUUCAGACUGAGGGCAGGUGCAAAAAACAAAUAAAAAACACGGAACGCGAUGAAACUUUUGGGAAUGGAGAGAAAGACGAUCUGUAAUCACCGUUUAAAGUGCAAUUUUAGUUAGUUUGAAUGAUUUAUUUUUGUCGUUUUAAAUUUGCCGAAAUUUUGAGUUGACACCCGAAAAAAUGCACGAAUUUCGAUGGAACGAAGAGCAUAGCAAAACGUAAGAAAACAGCAGCCGUCCGAUAACACUAAACCAGUUGAAAUAGACAGUGAAUGUGAAGUGAUUGACUCUGACAGUGCUAUUUUUUGUUUCUCUGACGUGUGCCAUUAUUUUUGGGCAUAGAGUCGUACGUACAUAUAUUAACCCCUACAUGGACUAUUCCUGCCUUUAAGAACUAUUGAUGUUUAUUCUCUUCGGAUGUAUAGUUGAUAGUCUACUCAUUUUUUAUACUACAUAUAUAGUUUUUUCCGCAUUAGUAUUUCUGCUGCUAGAUUAUACAAGCGUAACGUAAUAUACAUAUAACAUAUACAUAUUUUUCAUCGAUGUAGAUAUACAUAAACAUAUUUUCAUAAACAUACGAGACAGAAGAAUUCCACAUCAUUUUGGAUUUAGAAUAAUUUUGCGCCAUCUAUUGCCUUAAUGGAAAAGCACAUAUUUAUUUAGCUCAGGAGUCAACCCCAAUCUCAUUUUGUUCAGAAUAGUAAGUAUAACAUUCGCUGUUUCGCAAAAUUUUUGUAGAAUUGACAGAAUGUGUGUUGUUUAUUUUAAUGGCAAAGGCCGCAUCUGAAAAUAUUACACUUCAAAAUUUAUUAUAUUUGCUAUUGUCUACUUAUUGUCAAUAGAAUUGCAACGAAAAUUUAAUUUAUACUACACCCGAAUGGCAAAAAGCAUUGGAAACUACAACUGCCUAAAAAUUUUGUCGAACAGCUAAUUGGAUCGUAUAUAAAAUAGAGGUUAUCGAUUGUUGAAUAGUGAUGUUUCAAAUUUGAUGGCCUUUUUGAUGUAGAGAAAAAAAUGUUUGUUGAAAUUUCAGAAAUAUAUAAUUUAAAAGAAGUCACGAAUACGGUAUGAUGAAAUAAAUAUGCAGAUAUUAUAAUAAUUAUAGAUAGUACAGCUAAUAAGUGUACAAAUUAAUUAUGGUACAAAUCAUUCAGGAAAAAUUGUUGAUAUGGAUAUUUUUGGUAUUAGGUUGACUCCAAUCCAUUUCAGCUCACUGCCAGCAGUGACUCUGUCUCUUCAUUGUCAAAUAUCAUGAAAAUGUUGUGUCAUUCAAUGUGGUUUAUAUGUUCGGUCUUAUAAAACCAUAUACGGGAUUCACAGGUUGUCAAUGUGCAAUUAAUACCCCUACAUACAGCACGCGUCUUACAGAUUUUGAUAACGUGUAUAUUCAUUAAAGCGAAGCUUAGUGUAAUAGCAACUCUCAUAAUAAAUUAGAAAAUACCUUUACUUUUUGCAUUGUAGGAUAGACUGCUUUAUGGAUAGUAUGAAUGUUUUUAAGAGCAAAAAAAUCGACUGACAUAGGAAAAGUAGUAAAUUUUAAACUUCUAGCAGUGUUAGGAAAAGUUAAAUUUGUUUAGACUCAACAAUAGUGCCUUAUUAAUUCUUCAUUACAUGGACAACUGAGACUGUACUAGCAGAUUUAUUGUUUUAGUUUUCCUACAGAAAAUUUUGCAAAAGCAUUGGUUUUAUAAGAUCGAUCGAGGUCCAUGCAGUCUUCUAUGUGUAGUCAGAUUCUUUAUUGAUUAACUAAGUAACCGUCGCUUGUCAAUGUCGAAAAAAAAACAUUAAAUCAUUAACUCUUGGCACAAAACACUUUUGUAUUAAUAGAAUUACAUUUGACACUGCCAACAAUUUUGGGACUGCCAUCAUAAAGUACCGUAGUUUACAUGUCGAUGUGUAUUCGUAUUCACGAUCGUAAUUAUUAACGUUGGACUGCAUGGAACUAUUCAUCAACAACUCUCUGAAAAUAAAAACGACUGUAUUUGUGUAUAUGUUAAGGAAAUCGAAUUGGUUUUCAUUCGAAAGUUCGGUAUCAUUGUAUAAAACAUCAAUUUUUAUUUACUAAUUGGAUAAAUACUAAAAAACAAACUGGUUGAUAUAUAAAAGAAUAGAAACUAGCACACGAAAGAUAUCUAUGACUAACAUCUCAUUAUUAUUAUUGCUAUUAUUAUUUAUUUAAACAAUUUCUUUCCUUUGUAGCGAAAUUUUACACAAUGUUUCCCAUUCGUUGGAAAUCUCACUUCUUUUUAAGCGUAUGUGUACAAUAUGUAUAUAAUUUUGAAAAUUUUGUUAAAUAUACUAAAAACUAUUGUGUUAAAAAUUGUUAGACGUUCUCUUGUUUUGACGGGUUGUUAGGAAAAUCGGUGCUUCAGUUUAUAUAUUUUUGUAGUCACGUGACCGAGAACUAGAUUUAUUGUGUACAUAUUUUCCAUAAAACCAGUGAAUCCAGACCAAUUUGUCCUAUCAAUCGUUUGUCAUCUUUUAAUACUUGUUGUACACUUGUUUUUUUUGUUUUGUACUUUUUUGUAAUCUUGUAAUUGAAAUGAUUAAAAAUUCCUAAUAAAUGCCCCUAGCAGUCGCCUCAAGAAUAUACUUCGAUAUUAUAUGGGUAUGAUUUCCGUUCAGUAUAAAUUAAUAAAUUGUAUUGAUAACUACUAGUCUCCUGAAGGAAUGUUAAAAAAUUGCACUAACCGUGAAAAUCAAUCUUACAGAAGCAUAAAAAAGUUUUAAAUGAUGACAAUGCACUAACAAGAGGUACCUGUUUUAACAAGAGAAGUCAUUCCUAUUAAAAGAUUUAAAUUUAUAUUACGUUAAGGUUAAUUAUUUGAAAAAAGUGCAAUAUGUACAAAUUUUACUAAUUGACUUUUUUAUAAUAUGCAUUAGAACUGUAUAUCGAGGUGACUAUUAAUUGUUUUUUUUUAACUUUUCACCACACAGAGAAUGCUGAAUGGCAGUAUUACUAAGCAAGGGAAAAUAUUGAUAUGUUGUUUUUUCAGCGAGUCCGUUAAGCAUAUAAGCAGGGUCACCUGGUUGCGCAUAUUGUUUUCUAUUAUUAUAGAUGAUUUUACUAUACAGAGCCCAUAUUUUAUUGUGUUAAGUAACCGGUGACCCGCCGAAUGUCCGUUUGUACACAGUUGACCUGCAACAUGACCUGUAAAUCGAGAAUUGUAAGCAAUGAACAUGUUCGAUAUAUUUUGUGCAGUAAACCAUGAAUUAAUAGAA